AUUACUUGUGCACUCCCGAGGAGAACAUCUACAAGAUUGAUUUCACCCGCUUCAAGAUUCGGGACAUGGAGUCUGGUACCGUCCUCUUCGAAAUCACCAAGCCCCCGGCCUCGGAGCGAGAGCGCAGUGACAAGAAGGACGCUGACCCGAACGCCGGCCGGUUCGUUCGCUACCAGUUCACCCCUGCGUUUCUCCGGUUGCGUCAGGUGGGGGCCACGGUGGAGUUCACAGUCGGCGACAAACCCAUCAACAAUUUCCGCAUGAUUGAGAGGCACUAUUUCCGGGACCAGCUGCUGAAGAGCUUCGAUUUCGAAUUCGGCUUCUGCAUCCCGAGCAGCAAAAAUACCUGCGAACACAUCUAUGAGUUUCCACAGCUCUCCGAAGACCUCAUCCAAGAAAUGAUCCUGCACCCUUACGAGACCCAGUCGGACAGUUUCUACUUUGUCGAUAACAAACUGGUCAUGCACAAUAAGGCCGACUACUCUUACAGCGGAGGGCCCUGAGACCGGCGCCUGCUUCUGUGCCCUGCCUACAUUGGUCCAGGAUUCCACCCGCCGGCCGGCGUUGUCACCGAGAGAUCCCAGGGCCGGGGACUCUGCGAGGGACUGGAGUUUUGUGACUAAAAUUAGAUGAAGUCUUUCCUCUCCCCUGAGAUUUUGAGGCUGUUCCCAACCUGCCCCCUUGCCCAUUCCAUUUUACGCCGACGGGUAACUCUUUAGCUGUCAGUCGCUCGAGGCUCAUGAAAUCCUAGCGCGGCGUAGACGAUCCGGGCUCUGCGCGGGGAGCCGUCUGACCCUCUUUUGCUGAGCGCUCUCCUCGCCCGCUUUGCUCUUCCUCCCUCUGCCCUCCCCACCAAUGCACACGCCGCGGUUUCAUCCUUUGGGCCUUGGCACGGGUGGAAGACGAAGGCGAAUUCGGCAGACGGACGUCCUCUCUCUUGGCGGGACGGCUGCUCUGCGUGGCCUCUGGGGCAGAGACCCGCGUUCUGCUCUGGCACCCCCUUUACUGCCCAGGAAAUUUUGUCCGGAGAAGCAAGUGAUGUGAGAACGGGCCAUGCUGGGACCAUCAGGAGGGACGAGCUGUGCGUGUUGACAUGUCCAGGAAAGGGCUCAACUCAAAUCAAGACGGGAACCUGGCGUGUUUCGGAAGGGGAAGCCCUUUAGGCGUGUGGAUGUGGGUGUGUGCUUGCAAUAAGUCACAGUGGAAGGAUCGGGGGGUGGGGGGGGAUCCGGUUCUCUUGUUUUGUCACUCUUGGUGUUCGUCCUUUGUGACAUUCACACUCCGAAAGACGCCCCUAUGUCACAAAAACAAAAAAACAAAACAAAAGCCCCCCACCCAUGUUCAGUGAAGCCGCUGCUAAGUGAAAGGGCUCUCCUGUCCACGUCAAGAGGGCUUUCUGCUUCCGCAGGCGGAAUCCGCACCCCGCUGGUGAGGUCUCUCUCGCCCCCCAACUUCCGUGCCCCGACGACUCUGCCUUUCUUGAACCCUUGCUGGCGCAGGACAAGUCUUUUAGGGUGUUGGGGCGAUGACCUAAAACCCUUCUAGACUUGUAACCGGUGGGGGCAGGAAUAAUUCCCCCCCCCUUUUACUUCUUACGGUUGUGUUCCACUUUUCCUCUAGUGAGUUCAAGAGGACACGCAUGGCUUGUUCUCCAGGCCCUUUUAUUCUCAUGGCAACCCUGUGAGGAUGGCCAGUCUGAGAGAGAGAAUCAAAGGCCCCAGAUUACCUGGUGGAUGUGUCCCAGCUGACCAGGAUUCGAACCCAGGCCUACUGGGUACAAAAUACUAACCACGUUUAUAGAGGGGGUGGUGGUGGAUUUUUCCUCUUUCUAUCUCCUGUGUCUAGUUUUUCAGCAGUGCAUGGGGUAUGUGUGGUGUGUGUGUGGUAUGUGUAGAUAUACAUAUAUAUAUUUUCUUGGACACCUGUAAAAGCAGAUGGUCUCCUCCAGCGAUGCAGAGACCGUGCGUGCGUGCGUGCGCACACUUUGGAACAGAAUGUCUCAUCCGUGUGGAUUACACCAGUCAAGGGGGGCUUCCUGGCCCUUUUGUAGGACGAGGUGGUGGACCCCGAACUCUCUUCGCGAGCAGAUCGCCCUCUGGCGACCAGAAGGAAGACAGAGGUGAUCGCCACCGUCUUCGAAGCAAGUGUGCUCAGCUGGGACCUCACAGAAGCUGGGGGAGGAAGAAAAAAUAAUAAAGCCCGCCUGGAGAAAAGGAGCGUUGAGGCGAAACCUCGGACUGCCGGCGUCCUUGUCUCUUCCGUGUUCAGGCCACCUGUCCAGGAGGGGGAAGAUUUAUCGCCCUGUUGUAGAUAAAAGACUGCAAAAUCCCGUAACCCCCACCGUCUGUCUCUGUGUCACAUUCCGUGCAUCCAGGCCCCUCGGAAGGAGGGCCCUGCUCCGGUUUUUCCUUCUCAUUGGCUUAACUCUCCAGCCGCAGCCUCGUUCCAGCCGGCUCCCCGUUUCCAAAUGGUGAAGAGCCCUGUGAGAUCUGGAGGUGACAAGGGCCGGUAGCGGCUUUUGAUGGAACGGGACUUGCUGGUGUGACAGGCACCAGUUUGGUUCUGGAUUUGAGCUGAUUUACUUAUAUAUCGACUAGGCGGAAACAACCGGCUUCUUAUAAUUGUCGUUCUGUCACAUAGGACAGAAAUGAAGAUUUUUGGUUCUCACCAGGUGCAAGGUUUUAUUUCCAUUAUGGCCUAGGCUGAGAGUUAGUUACAAAUAACUAGUUACUUUUUGGUAAGGAGUAAAUCAACUAUAAGUCAAAAGUUACUUUUUAGUUGCAAUGGGUGAUAUUAGUUACUUUUGAAAGCUACUUUUCAAGGGCAUUUUAAGGUAUUUUACAGACAUUCUGGCUGGAAUUUCCUCUUACAAUUCUUAAAUGGAAAGUAGAGUAGGACCAUGGUAUCUGCAGGGGAUCAGUUUCGAAAAACCCCCUCCCCCCCACGGAUGCUGAAAACUGCAGAUAAUUGUGAACCCUAUGUAGCAUUGUUUCUGGUGCCCUCUAGUGACCAGUUUUGGUAAUUACACCAUGGAAAUUCAUAUUUCUGUUUUUUUUUCUUUUAAUAUUUUAAAUAUAAGUGAAACUGUGGAUACUGAUCUUGCAGAUAUGGAGAUCCUACAGCAUUCUUAGUUUUGGUCUCAUAAAUAUUUCCUAGGGGCCCUUUUAUAAGUGGCCACUAGAAAGAACCCAAGAACGUAUUGCAAAACCUUUCUCGUCCUGUCGGUAACGGCAAUCUGAAUGCAUCAGAAAAAAAAAGAGAUUAAGACUGAGUUGAAGUAAUGAGAACUGCAACUUUACUCCUGAGAAGUAAUGAGUAAUGGGACCAGUUCCUUUUAAAUUUUAAUGCUCUAAUCGCUGUCUAAGCCAUAAAAGUUAUAUUUAAAUAAAUAUGAAUCUUAAGGGUUGUUGUGCCGAUAAGGUGGUUCCCCCCCCUUUUUUUUUUCGGAAAAAGAUGGUGGUGUGUUUCUGUUUCGGCCGUUAGACUUUGUUUUGUGGUGUGCCGAGGACUGCGUUAGAGGGCUGUCUUGUCGUCCUCGGGCCUCCGAAUCCGUCGUUUGGAUGUGGCUUUGGGAAAGGAACUCAACGAACCAGAGGAACCUCAACAGAGUAUGUCAUACGAGCAGCAACAGGACCCACAUCUUAAGAGCAGUGUCCUCCCUUCCUGGGGCCCGCCAGACGGUCUGGACUCCAAUGCCCAUCGUCCCCUUGCAGCUGAAUCGGCAGGUAUGUCCGCCCCUCUUAAGAUGGCUUCAGAAGAUUCUCCUGGUUUGGGUGUUGUUUGUUUGUUUGUUUUAAAAAAGAUUGUCCCAGAUAUGUGGUUUUUUUUUUAAAAAAUGCAUUUUGCACGAAUGAGUCAGAGUCAUGUUUGCAGAGAGCCAGAUCCAGCCCUUGCAGGAUGCAAACUGUGGCUGCUUUCGUUGGGCCGAUCACAGGCUUCCCAGGCAGCUCAAAAUAGAUGUUGGGGCUGCUGGCUGUCAUUUCGCAGGUCGACAAAUCCUCAAGCAGACCGUGGUGGGGCUUUCUAGAAAUAGCGGCUGCCCCUUCUCUGCCCUCCCGUCAAAAUGUAUUUUUGUUGUCAUUAAACGGAGGCGUAGAAGCAAGAAGGGCUGCUUGAAUGGUGGAAAAGAAAACCCGGACAGGCAAGAGAGAGAGAGAGAGAGAGAGAGAGAGACAGUGUGAGCUUUUCAAUAUGAUCAUUUAGCUAGGGUGGAAAAAUAGAUAUUUUAAAACUCAGAUGUGUGGCUCCAGAAUUUGAGAAUGGGAAGGUGAAGAAGCUACAGUUCUUGGUGGCAAUCCCAGGUGGAAGGAGAGGGAAUGGACAGCGUUUAGGCUGGGUGGGGAUGAUGGGUAUUGUGUUCUGAAGCGUGGGGGCCACAUUUGGUCCUGGGAGGCUGAUCUAGAGUGCAGAGGCUUCCAUUUCUGUGUUUGCCUCUGAAUGCAAAAAACAAGAAUCGCUCUUGUGACCGUGACCUGGGUCUGUGCGUCCCCUCUUGCCAUAUAGAAGGGUGUUGCAUUGUCUCUGGUGUAUUUAUAUUUGGAAGGCUAGCAAUUAGGACUCUUCCCCGGCGUUGAUCUUACAAGAUCUACCGGAUCACAUCUGCAGCUGUUUUGUUUUUUAACCUUGCCGGCUGAUGGCAGGAAAUGGGACACGUCAUCUGGCUGCUUUCCAACCUGGGGUCUCCAGGUGUUCUUGGACUACAACUCCCAGGAGCCUUCACCACUCGCUGUGCUGGCUGGGGUUUCUGGGAGUUGUAGUCCAAGAACACCCGGGGACCCAAGGUUGGCAACUACCGCUCUAAUGAAACGUCCACCCGGUGCCACCUGCCGUGUCUUGGAGGAAAACUGUAAAGCCGGGCAGGGCACCCUUCGGAGAGCCUUGGACGGCCUUUCCCAUCAUCCUUGGGCCCUACCUGUGCAGACUCAGGUCACUGGGUUUCGGCGUCCCACAACCUCUAGUGUGUGCUGCCAGCCUGGCUUGAUUUGAUGUCUGUUAUGAUGUUUCUCUUUGGAAGAAAGGAGGGAAAGCCGGUGGGUGUCUGUUUGGGACUUCAGUCCAUCCGCUGUGAAAAAUAAUCCGAAGAUGGAGUGCUAGAGGACACACAGCUUCGAAAAGUGUCUUUUCUGUACUACAAGAACCAGAAUCCCCAGGUGUGCUGGCUCUUUCAGUGCUGACUUGGGGGAAAGGUAUAAGAGGUAUACUGGGGGAGGGGGAAUAAAUGGUAUUCCAAGCACAGAGAAGUACAGAUAAUGGGCACAAUUUUUCAAAAAGCAAGAUGGAAUGGCCGACAAUGAAGUUUUUCCUCAUGAGAAAUGUGGAACGUGUGUUUGAAAACCCAGUGGGCUUCAAAAGCCCCAGGGAGUCUGAUGCUUUCGAAACACAUUUAUUCUGCUAUUUCCAGUUGCAGGAGGUAACGUUGACAGCACGGGGCCGCCCCAGAGGGGACGAGACGGUGUAAAAAUUAAAAGGCACAUUACGUUCUAUGCACGGCUGUUUUCUUCUUCUGUAAAGUAGAAAAUGUGUAAAACAGAGCAAAACAACCACCCUCUUGAAACCCCCCCCCAAUUGUCUCGAAAGUAAACACAUGGUCCAAACCCAA